GCCGGAGUGGUUUGAGUGCUGCACCAGUGCAGACGCUGCGCUUCCUCGGUUUGUGGAGAGUGAAACUUCAGGAGCAGAGAGAAAACAGGAGGGUAUAUCUACACUAAACACCCCGCAAACACACCCGCACGCUAAACACACCGCACACACCUUCACACAGAGCAUAAUAGACCGUCUCAUUUACCUUAAUUCACUUUAAACCCUCGCGCCUGCAUUCAGAACCGACAUGCCGUACGGUGUUUCAUCAUGACAGGACAUUUACAGGCACAGCUGGUUUGAAGCCCUGCAAGCAAACAUGGAGCUGUCUGAGUCCGUAAGGCAUGCGAACGGGAGGCAGAGGAAACAUGUGGUGGUCAUGAGUGAUCAGGAAACUGUAGAUGAUGAAGAAGCCCUCAUUCAGGACUCGGUCAGCGGUGACAGAGCCCCCAGAGGUCACUGCAGUAUCAGAUCAGAACUGGGCAAUGUGUCCCUGCUGCUUUUCCUCUACGUCCUCCAGGGAAUUCCGUUAGGACUGGCCGGCAGCAUCCCGCUGGUCAUGCAGAGCAAGAACGUCAGCUACAAAGACCAGGCCUACUUCAGCUUCGUCUUCUGGCCCUUUAGCCUGAAGCUGCUGUGGGCGCCACUGGUGGACUCGCUCUACAUCCGGCGGUUCGGCCGGAGGAAAUCCUGGCUGGUGCCCACUCAGUACCUCCUGGGGCUCUUCAUGCUGGGGCUGUCGUUCACCGUGGACUCUCUGCUGGAGCAGAACGGAUCAAAAGGACCAGACGUGGUCAGCUUGACCGCCGUCUUCUUCAUGCUGGCUUUUCUGGCAGCCACACAGGACAUAGCAGUAGACGGCUGGGCGCUGACCAUGCUGUCCAGAGAGAACGUGGGAUACGCUUCUACCUGUAACUCUGUGGGCCAGACUGCUGGAUACUUCCUGGGGAAUGUGCUGUUCCUGGCUCUGGAGUCAGCUGACUUCUGUAACAAGUACUUGAGGUUUGAGCCACAGCAAAAAGGGAUUGUUACUCUGUCAGAUUUCCUGUUUUUCUGGGGAAUCGUGUUUAUGGUGUCAACUACUCUUGUGGCCAUCAUAAAGAAGGAGGACAGCAGACAGCAGCACUCCAAAAAAAGGAUGAAAGAGGAAACACAUGGAGUUCUGGAGACCUAUAAACAACUGUUCUCCAUCAUUAAGAUGCCUGCUGUCUUCACCUUCUGCUGCCUGCUCCUCACAUCCAAGAUGGGCUUUUCUGCAGCAGACGCUGUAACAGGACUAAAGCUGGUGGAAGCAGGUGUGCCUAAAGCUGAGCUGGCUCUCCUGGCUGUUCCCAUGGUACCCCUGCAGAUUCUGCUUCCGGUGAUCAUCAGUAAAUAUACAGCUGGACCUCGACCUCUUGACAUCUUCUACAAAGCCUUUCCUUUCCGCUUGCUGAUAGGUCUGGAAUAUGCUCUGCUGGUGUGGUGGACUCCCAGUGUGAAGCAUGAGGACGGCUUCCCUGUGUAUUACUAUGCUGUAGUGCUGCUCAGUUAUGCUGUGCAUCAGGUGGCACUGUACAGCAUGUAUGUGGCCUGCAUGGCUUUUCAUGCUAAGGUAAGCGAUCCACUGAUAGGGGGCACUUAUAUGACUCUGCUGAACACAGUGACCAAUCUGGGGGGAAAUUGGCCCUCCACUCUCGCCCUGUGGCUGGUGGACCCCCUCACAUCUAAAGAGUGUCAGGGAGCAGUUGGCCAGACAUGUGGGUCUCCUGAAGAAGCUGGGUUGUGUGUUAAAGAAGGUGGCAUGUGUGUGACGGCGCUGGAUGGCUACUAUGUGGAGUCUCUGGUGUGUGUGGUAAUUGGCCUGUGUUGGUGGAUAUUCUUCGGGAAGAAAAUGAAGCGGUUACAGGAGGAGAGCCCAGCAGCGUGGCACUGCAGGGUCCGCAAAUAGCACUAAUACAAAUGGACACAAUGAGCCCAAAGCCUCGGACUUCUAAAGGAACUGUUCAAAUGCUAACAUUGCUAACAAUGAGUGAAAGCCAAUCAGAAGGAGUAAGUUUUCCAGACUGGAUUUCACUCAUCUGCAAUGUCAGUGUAUUUGAAUGAAGUAUGAGUUACACCUGUACACGUUUCCUUCUUUUCAGGAUGCCUUUGCUCCUCCUCUUACUCUGUUUCUCAUACAUGUGCUUUCCUUUCCGGACUCUGGUUCAGUUUUAACUGGACUGAGAACUUCCAUGAUAAAAGAGAAAUAUUUAUCCUUGUUCAGAUGACAACGGUACAGUUUUUGUGUACUGUUUCAUCAUUACUGUGGCUGCUUCCUCUCCAUCUCUAAAUCGGUUUUUAACAGAAAAAAGGGCACACACACACACACACUAUUAGUAAUUCACGAUAGGUUAAAGUUCUGUACUGUAAUAUACUGUAUUGACAAGGUAGCUGCUGCUCCAUAUUAAUGUUCAACCAUCAGUUCUCUUUGCUGAAUAUACAAUCACACUGUCUGUUAACUGUAACCUGAGUUUAUUGUGCCUUGUGAUUGUUUUUUUUGUUUUUUGCAGUUUAUAAAAAUUCUUUACGUACAGUAGGACCUUUUUUAAUAGAGUUGUUUGGUGAAAAAUCAAAUUAUCCGAUUUCUUAUUUGUACUAAAUGCUUUUGAUCAGCCAACAUAUGUAUUCUUUUUUUUUUUAGCUUGGAAAAAGAGAUGGUAGGAUAAUGUUGCCUACAAACACUGGACUUCAUCAAUUUUACUUCUGUACUACCUGCAUAAAAACUUCAAAACACAGACAGAUUGUUUUUUUUUUUUUUCAGGGUGUUUUGAAACACGGCAGGGUUGCACAGUAUUGGGCAGAAUGGCAUUGCAAAAGUUUGUUGUUCUGGAGUACAUUUAUAUACUAUUUCCCAAAAUUAGUUUUUUUCUUUAAAAUGGUAGCCAAUGAUCGAACAUUGCAUUAUAUUACUAAUUUGACUUUUGUACUGUGUAUUGAAGAUUGGUUCAAAAUAAUAUAAAUUAAGCAGAAAACUGCAAAUUGAGUAAUUCAGUUGCUGCGUUCGGAAUCACUCCCUCUUACAGAAAUAGUUGUAGUGCUGUUCAAAAUCUGAAGAUUUUAUACAUUUUAUUUCCUGUGUAGUCCACUAUUAAGCACCCAUAAUGAAGCACAAAAUGUAGUGUACAAAUGUUAGAAUUAUACACUGGAAUUCCCAAUGUAUACCAUAAAAUGUAGUGCGGUGGUGUUGCGUUUAACGUCCUCAAAGCAGCACAAACAAGGAUUGUUGUUUGGUUGGUCUUUUUCUAUUCAGUUUUAUAUAUAUAGCAAAUGCUACAUAGUUAAUGGCGAAUGCGUUAAAUGUAGUGAAACUUGCAAUGUUACAGCAGCACAGAGAAAAGAACAAAGAAACGGACAGAGAAACAGGUCAGGAAAAUAUAUAAACAAAUAAUAAUAAAUCUAUAUAUACAAAUUGUUACAGAAAAAAUAUACUGAAAUAUAACAAAAGGAAAAUAUAUACAUUUAUAUACAUCUUUUUGCGGCAGUGCUAUGCCCCCAUCACUAGCAUUAUAAGCCUGUAGGGAACAUCAUGUUGUGGGUAAACGGAGGUGAGCUAUUCGACAAAAGUCAAUGCUCAUUUUCAGGUUUUGCUAAACUACAAGCCCAUUUCACACUGGAGUUCUCCUUUAAUGAGUGAACUAUUCCGAACACAGCCGAUGUAAACGGUGUGCCUUGUAAGGCAAGUGUAGUAAAGGUGAAGUGUAUUAAUAUACGACUGAAAAUGCUGCCGCAAAGCUAACGCCUAUUAGCAUGAUUCAUUAAUUCAGUUUUACGUUUUCUCUAAUUUGUCAUUAGCAAUUAGUUGUCCUGCUGUUCCACUUAUUUCUGUUAGAAAGUAUAGUAGUAUAGUAUACAUUAUCUAAUUUCAGUUUUAGCUAAUAAGGGUCUUCAUGUAACGCUACUAUAUUGAGUCCUGUGUUUGUUUGCAGUGUUAGCCUUACACCAUAUUAGCACAUAUCAAAAAUAACUAACCUGAUCUGCUGCAUUUUAAGUGAUAAACCAUGAUAAUUUGAUUAUUUCCCAGGCUAUUCCUUUAAAGAAUGUUUACAUCUGCAAUGUGGUCAAAUAUUAACACCAGCCAACAUUAGUUUUAUCUUUUUAUUCAUAUUUCCUGCAAUGAACCAAAAGGGAAAUUGUUCAACAGGUCACUCUGAAUCAAAUUUAGUCUAAUCUCAAUAGAUUCUGUUUCAUUCUGUUGUAAGGAAUAAAGCAUUCCUUCAUGUCUGAAUGCUAAGAAUACCUGUUUUUGGUUAGCAUUUACUAGCUACUGGUCUCUCCACAGUUUUAGCUAGCUAAGCUAGGUCGCUUAAAGUAACAGAGAUAAUGUAUAAGCAGCUUAAUGCUAAAUAAAACAUAUAAACCAUUUCAAAAUAUGUAGCUAUGGUAGCUAGUUAGUGUUUGUGAGUUAGGCAGGCUAUCACAAAUAUCACAGCUUUGAGGAGUUCAACUUGAGGAAUAAGCUGACUGAAAAUCCUAAUGAUUAGCAAAGCUGUUAACUGCUAACGACUGUUAGCAUGAUGCGUUGAUUAGGGAUUCACUGAAUAUACCAAAAAAUAUUCAGCCAAAAAUGGCUUUUAGGGUUUGUCCAAAUAAGAAAUAGUGAAAAAUGUUGUUAUAGUAAUUAAAACAGGGAGAAAAAGUUCAGUAUUUGUUUUUUGGCCCAGUGUCUCAUUUUGUUUAGUUUGGAUUAUAGAAACAUUUUAAUUUAAUUUCAGUGCAUCACUAGCGUUAAUGCAAAGUGAUCUCCCAUUCGUUAUUAGUGAUUGUAUGGAGGAUUGUUUGGUUGCCCUGAGACUUAAGAGGGUUUUUAAAGUCGAGAUUACGUAGGUUACGUAUGGUCUGGCUAUGCAUGAAAAAUGCCUUAUUCCAUGCCUUUUUACACAUUAUAUUUAUGUAUUUGAAUGUGUGACUGAAUUUACCUUACCAGCUAAUUACAAUGUGUUUAGUGAAGGAAGUGUACAGUAACUGUGUUUGACAAUUUUUACCAAAAUAAGAUGUUUUUUGGGUAAUUUUCUUUAAUUUAAACAUUCGGUAAUGGAAGUAUUUUCAUAAUGGCAACUUUAACUUGGCUGAUGUCAUAAGCUGCAUUCCAAAGCCUAGGCUGCAGUCGAGGUAUGGCGAGUUUUUGGUCAAAUUUCCCUUUGAAGACUCUCUCACUAGCCUGUUAAUCACACAUAUGGAAUAUAUUGGUCUAACAAGGCUGUGGGGUGACGCCUCCAGCAAACAUUUGUGUUAUGGUGACAUUGUCUUGUAAAAAUCAUGUUUUUUUUUUGUUUUGUUUUUUUGUUUUUUUUAUUACAAAAAAAAAUCAUUAUAAAUAUGAAAACUAACAUUUUAAAAUUAACUUUGCCCCUGAGGCUUUGUUUUUUGCUGAAUUGUGGCCAUUUUUCUGUGGGGUGACUGAAGAUCAGGAAGGAUACAUCAGUUGUGUCCUCAGAAUGCCAACUGUAGUCCAUCUUGGCUGCAGCCUAUAGGCCUUGUAAUGCAGCAAUAAUAGCAAGUCACCAGCACUUUGGAAAAAAAAAAGGAUGCACAGGAUAACGGUAUCUCACUAAAAGAAGUACAGUUUAAAAGAGUCCAAACAACUGUUAGAUUCAUAGCUAUUUCGUCAUUUAUAAUAAAUAUGCUUUUUUUUGUCACAUGCACCUGAAAAUCAAUGUUCAUGGUUGUGAGUAAACAGUUUUUAAGGGGCAGGCCGCAGCUACUUGACAAGUUGAAAAUAUGUUUUAAAUGUUCUGAGGAACAUUUUAGCUGCUUUCCCAAAGUGUAACAUUUAUGAAAAUCAAGAGCAUAAAUUGUAUGAAAUUAAAAGAACAUUGUGCAACACUGAACAUCAA